AUGGCCAUGAGCUUGCCACACCAGAUCGGAGCUCUGUCAGGAACACCAAUAGCGGCGGAUUCAGGUAGCGUUUCCGGCGAAGCGGCGUCGGCUACGGUGAGCGCGACGCCGGUGCGAAUGUCACCGGCGGCGAGUCUCCAGUGCAUGGCGCAGAAGCAGGGGGCGGCGGCGGAGAUCGAUCGGAUAUCGCCGUCGCCGCCGCUGAGCCCUAGGAUGGGAGGAAUCCGGCCGGAUCUGUCGGUGGCGUGCCAGGCGCUGAUGGAGUCGCCGCCGGAGGAGGUGGUGAGGGAGUACAAGGAGGGGGGUGCGCAGGUUAAGAAGGGGAAGGGGGUGCCGGUUUACGUGAUGAUGCCGUUGGACAGCGUGACUAUGGGGAACACGGUGAAUAGGAGAAAGGCGAUGAAUGCGAGCUUGCAGGCACUGAAGAACGCGGGGGUGGAAGGGGUGAUGAUGGACGUUUGGUGGGGUUUGGUGGAGAGAGAAUCGCCGGGGGAGUAUAACUGGGGUGGGUAUGUGGAGCUCAUGGAAAUGGCGAAGAAACAGGGACUCAAAGUCCAAGCGGUUAUGUCCUUCCAUCAAUGUGGUGGAAACGUCGGUGACUCUUGCACGAUCCCUCUGCCAAAGUGGGUUGUAGAAGAGAUUGACAAAGACCCUGACCUUGCCUAUACAGAUCAAUGGGGUAGGAGAAAUUAUGAAUAUAUAUCCCUUGGCUGUGAUACUCUUCCAGUCCUCAAGGGGCGUACUCCUAUCCAAUGUUAUGCUGAUUUUAUGCGUUCUUUUAGAGACAAAUUUGAGCACCUUCUAGGGGACACCAUUGUGGAAAUCCAAGUUGGAAUGGGUCCAGCAGGUGAGCUCCGUUACCCAUCAUACCCAGAGCAAAAUGGAACAUGGAAGUUUCCCGGAAUUGGAGCCUUUCAGUGUUUUGACAAGUACAUGCUCAGUCACUUAAAAGCUGCGGCAGAAGCUAAUGGGAAGCCAAAAUGGGGAAGUACGGGCCCUACGGAUGCUGGUGAAUAUAACAACUGGCCGGAGGAUACAAACUUUUUCCGAAAAGAAGGCGGUGGUUGGAAUUGUCCUUACGGUGAAUUCUUCCUCACCUGGUAUUCUCAGAUGCUUCUAGACCAUGGUGAAAGAAUAUUGUUAUCAGCCAAAUCAACUUUUGAGAAUACUGGCGUCAAAAUCUCAGUUAAGGUAGCAGGCAUUCACUGGCACUAUGGGUCUCGAUCUCAUGCCCCUGAGCUCACAGCAGGGUACUAUAACACUCGUUUUAGAGAUGGGUACCUUCCAAUUGCCCAAAUGUUAGCACGCCACGGUGCCAUAUUCAACUUCACGUGUAUUGAGAUGAGGGAUCAGGAACAGCCACAGGACGCCCAAUGUUUGCCGGAAAAACUGGUUAGGCAAGUGGCUUUGGCCACUCGGAAAGCUCAAGUCCCGCUUGCUGGGGAAAAUGCGCUGCCACGAUACGAUGAUUAUGCACAUGAACAGAUUUUACAAGCAUCCUCAUUGAAUAUUGAUGGUGAUUCGGGAGAAGAAGAUACAGAGAUGUGUGCGUUCACGUAUUUGAGAAUGAACCCGGAUUUGUUCCAGCCGGACAAUUGGAGACGGUUUGUGGGAUUUGUUAAGAAGAUGAGGGAAGGGAAGGGCAGUGAGAAGAGGUGUUUGGAGGAGGUGGAGCGGGAGGCCGAGCAUUUUGUGCAUGUGACUCAACCAUUGGUACAGGAAGUUGAUGUUGCUCUCAUGCACUAAAAGGAAGUUUUUAGGUUAGUUAUGUUGUUUCUGUACUCUUUUUAAGGCUAGUUAUCCAUACAAGGAUUAUAGUUUACGACAGUGUUGUAAUAAUGAUUAGGUCCAUGGACCUCUUUUAUAGCUUCUAUCUUGAUAUUGUUUGAACAAAA